AUCAUAAUUUAGAAAAGCCUGACAAUUUUCCAAGAUGUCAGCCCCCUGUUCACAAUUUCGUCUACGUGGUUGAGAUUGUUUACUUUGCAUUCCCCAUUAUAUCGAGUAGUUAAUACAGAAUAUUUGGUCUCAUAUUUAUUGGAGAACAACAGUAAAAUCACAAUGUCGAGUAAGAAUUUUGUGAAAAGUUGUCAGGACAACUGGAGAACAGUCAUUCCAUAUGUCCCGCGGUCUGUGGUUUUCCUGGACGGUCCCGCCGCCGAAGCGCUCCACUGGACCUCCGGGGCCGCGACGCUGUUUCAAGCAGGCUGUCAGAACGUGAAGGAAUUCUCAUCGUUCGAGAGUUGUACCGAAGAUGAAGUGAAGGCAGUAUUCAUCAUCAGCGACCAAAUCACUACCACCACACAAGAGAUCCUAGAAGAUAUCAUAUGUGCCAGUCACUUCAAGUACUGUGUCCUGAUCACAACUCUGCCAGAAUCCCUGCACCAGCAUCUAUCAGGCAGUUCACAGUCAGGAGGUGGAGAAGGGAGCGGUCACCAGUCUCUCUUCCAAGAGCUGGAGGAGAAAAUGAGGGGAUGGAUGAGACACAAAACGACUGUAUAUGAAGCUGAUGUGGUACACAUUCCUCUCUCAGUGGCCUGCGUGUCACCAAACUUGUUCUUCUUGCCAUCAUUCACCAGUUUCUUUCCUCUCUUAGACAUUGAUCUGGUAUCCAUAAGGAAUUACAUACAAGCCAAUGUUGAGAGGAAGCCUCCUGAGGGCCUAUCUGAUGUUGAUAUCAGUAUGCUACCUGAUGCAUUACAAUGUGACAUCAAGAUGGUUGUGUCCACCCUGAGUUGCCUGUGUGAGACUCUUGACGUGAACGAAGAUAUCUAUUGUCUGGGACCAACUAGUCAGCUGAUUGCAGGAGAGUUAGCUCAGCUUAUUUCUGCCAGAGCAAGAAGAAAAGCAGCAAACAGUCGAGCCAGUAUUCUCUUCAUUGACAGAACCCUUGACAUGGUAGCACCCACAACACAUGGCAGAGACUCCUUCGCUGAUAGGAUCAUGUCUGCCCUGACCCCUCUUGAAGGCCAUUCUUGUGAUGUCGCUGUUGACAUGUCUGCCCUGUGCUCUGCUGGAAGUCAAUACAAUCCUAGCGUUCUACUGCCAGGUUGCUUGGCACACCCAGCCGAUCAACAAUCACAGGAUUUACUCCAAACUCUCAUCACAUCAAAACAAAAGGAAAGUCUGAUGGAUGUAAAUCGACGAGUUGUAGAGACAAUAACGAGAGAGAAGCUUCCCUUUGAUCCCUCGGCUGCUAAGAUUGGACGCAUCAAUGCCGACUCACUUCAAUCUCAUCUCAAUAAUUUCAAGAACAAUCCCACAGCCUUCCGCAAUGCAUGUCCCCUGCUUCAGGUAGCCUCUGCCUGUGUCCAGACACUCACCAGUCCGAUCCUUUCUCAUUGGGAUGAUUUACAAACUACAGAGAAAAUGCUCCUUCAGAAUGCUGGAGAAGGGAACGGCCCUUCAGUCACCAGUCUUAUCCUGGAUCUUUUACAGAACCAAGUGAAACAGGGCAGGUCUUACUCACUGGAAGAAGUUGUGAAAUUGAUGGUGUAUGGCUACUCACUGAUGGGGGACGAAGCGGGGGCAAGCUUUGAUGAAGAGCGCCAGCUACAGAAACAUAUCAGUCAACUCAUAACACAAGCACCAACUGAUUCACAAGUUGUGAGGUUAUUGGUAAAAGAUGAGAGAUCUGAAGCAACAGCACAGAAUGUAGCCAAGGAGAUAAUGUCGAGAGUCAAGUCCAUAGCAAGAUCUAGGAAUUCACUACAAAGGUUCAUGGAUAUAUUCGCUCAUGGUACUGCUACGCAUCCAUCGAGCUACUCGCCUCUCGUCAAACAAAUCAUGAAGAGUGUGUUUGAUUCAUCCAAACCUGACCUGGUUGAUAUUGAAUACAAGUCAAGUGGAUUCAGAGACCUCCUCAAAUCAGGAUUUAGAUUAUUUAUGAAUGUUGGUAAGCCCCGCCCUAGCGACCAUCCUCUCUUCAUCGUCUUCAUGGUGGGAGGGGUCACAUGUUCCGAGGUCAAACAAAUCAAAGAGACGGUAGCAUCCUUAUCACCAAACACUCAGGUGGUCGUCGGGUCGACAAGAAUAUUACGAGAAUCUGAUGUUUUGGACCAUGUGUUUGGACAGAAGCCACUUUCGUACUGAAACAGCCAAAGAUGCGGUGGGUUUGGAUCAACUUAGAAUCAUAAAAUCAUUGCACAUAUAUGAGGCUGCUCCAUUUGAUUAAAGUCACUGGUACCUGUGAACCAUAUCAUUCUGUCUGUUCAGGAGCCCGUUGCAGGAAGAUAUGUAUUUGUAGAGCAUUGUGGCCCUGUGGAUAACUGAAUGAUGAAUCCCAUUGCAGUGAAAAAUUGAUCAGAAGAUCUACAUUGAGAUGCUAGGAGAACUGCAACGUUUAAAUGAGAUUUCUAAUCACUUUGAUUUCUCUUUGAAAAAAUAACAUGGUGAUAAAUGCAUGGUGGUGCUCAAACUGUUGUCGACCAAUAUCUCAGUAUUCAACAUUGAGUGACUUCACAAAAUAGGAUGAAUUGUUCUAUGAAAUGGAUGAAUUCCAAAGCUUUUUUAUUUUGAGUGCCAUAAGGCAUAUGGAUCAUAAUGAAUCUCCAGUGCUAGUAGAUGAAUUAACAUUGAUGGGUCAUACCGUCAAAUCAAAGAGUUUUGAUGAGACGGAGUAACAUAAAACAGUGAAAAAUAUGUCAGGCAUAUUCUUCAUUGAAUUUUUCUUGCCGAUUGUAGAAAAAAGAUUCCUACCUGGCUACAAACCUAGUGGCCAGUUACAAAGAGAAAUAUGCUUUUGUAAUUAUAAUAAUUUUUUCUACCUCUGAUUGGAGAAUGUGAGCAGACGCAAUGGGUAUUUUUACAGGGCAAGCAAAAAUAAAUGUUGCAUUAUUCCUUGAAUUAUGAUUUUAAGUUUGAUGAUUAUGAUUUUGAAAAUUUUCCAUGUUUUUGUUUAUUUUAUAUGUAGAGCAUUGAGUAAUGAUUCAUUAGAAAGUGCGCAUUAGAAAUACUUAUUAUUAUUAAGUUAUUAGACUCAUGACAUGUGGCCGCAACUGUGACACAUUAAUAUAUUCCAACAAUCUUAUCUUCAAUUAUGUAUGCUGGAGCUCUGUGUAAGUUUGUAAAAAUGUUGAAUUCAAAUUCUUAGGGUCUUUCAUUACAACAAAUCUGACCCAGGUUACCAUGUCCCCAUUCAUAUAUGUUAAAAUUGUUUUAUCUAGCAGUUUGGUUGCCGGUUUCAACCAAGACAUACGGGACACGUUUCGUGUUUAACAAUCCUUUUACAAUAGUUAAACAAACAAUUUAUUAUACCUCUGCCAACCAAAGUUUGAAGGUGGUAUACAGGAAUGCAUGGUUGAAUGGAUGGGUGGUUGGGCAGGCGGGCAGUAGGACUAUUGGUUGCAAAAUGCAAAUAUUUAAAAUCGAACUACUUCCUCAAGUUUUGCCCAAUGCUCUUGAGAUGCGACCACAUAUUGGUCUAGGAGUAAAAACUUGCAAGACACAUUAUUGAAUGUGUCAAAAACUGUGUUGAAAUGGUAAUGGUAUGUUAUGGCAAUUAGGCUGUCUUCUUGGGGUGGGGUACUUACUAGUAUAUGAAAGUAAUCACCUUCAGGCUUCAGUGUUAUUUCUACCCUAGCUUCCUUCUUUUUUUUCUUCAAUCAUGUAAGGAAAUUAUCCUUUUCUGUGGUCCAGAUCAUGUUCAGUGUAUAUGUGGGGGCAUCGUGGUCUAGUGGUUACAAAUCUCGUCUUUCAAUGAGAGGGGCAUGGGUUCGAAUCUCAGCCACAGCGUGUUUUCCUUCAGCAAGAAAUUUAUCCACAUUGUACUGCACUCAACCCAGGUGAGGUGAAUGGGUACCCGGCAGGAUUAAUUCCUUGAAUGCACCAAGCGCCUUUAGCAGCUGGAGCUACAGCCGGGGUAAUAUAUAGUGCGCCAUUGAAUAGGAAACUAGAUAAAUCGGCACCUCACAAAUGCUAUAUAUUAUUAUUAUGGGCCUUGAGUGAUCAGUAUUGAUUUAUGCCAUUGCUAAGGGCAUUGUAUGACUAGGAUUGGUAACAACAUAUUGUGAAUAAGUUUACAGAAAUAAUAUAUUAUCUGCAUAUGAUGUGAAUAAAUGACAAAAUGAAUAUACACUAA